ACAAAAUCUGUCGGUGGACAGCUCGAAACUGUUGAGGAGACUCGAAAAGUGACGAGAGCAGCAGCCAUGGCACUUGAAACCAUCACCGAAGCCGAAAAGGCAAUCAUAGAAGAUAUCGGCAAGUUCCUCGAAAAAGACCCUGCAACCUUUGGUGCGGAAUCUUUGGCCAGGCUGUUUAUCAUUCAUCCCGGAAGCAAGGCUUACUUUUCCUACGACGAGAAUAACCAGGAGAAACUCCAAAACCAUGGGAAGAAGGUCAUUGAAGCCGUGGCCAACGCGGCAAACAACGUGAACAAUCUGAAGUGCAACCUCGACAAGCUGGCUACAAAGCAUGGGAAAGAGCUUUUGGUGGAUCCUCAGAACUUUCCGGUAGGUAUCUUCGCGGGAAUCUUGAGAUGCUCGGCACAGGGACUGGACAUUCAUUUGGAAGGGCGGGAAAUGAAAAGCCAGCUGUGCUCGGAACUGAGUUUCCAGUCACGGCAUGGUGAGGCUGUGCACAUCGUCAGGAUCAGGGGAAUGCGUUCACAUCUCCCCUGUUUUUUGUGGUUUCAUGUUGACGGAAUGCUGUUUCCGGAUCGGUUUUCAAAUGUAUAUUUCUUCCGCUUCCAGGUUUUCUCCACAUGUAUCCAAGUGAGUUUGGCCAAUCACGUGAACAACUUCACCCCUUCAGUUCAACUCGCUGUGGACAAAUUCCUUAAGGCCGUUAACGAGUAUCUGUCCUCGAAGUACCGUUGAAAAUGGAGCCAAGACUUUUCGGUAGAAAGCAGCCUCCGUCUCAACUUCCAAACCCCCGUGUGCCCCCGUUUGGUCAAACUGCCUGCCAAUGAAAGCUUACUCUUUAUAAACACUCUCCCAUGUUUCUGUAGCCCGCGCUUUUCAAAUUGAUUGUAAUUGUUAAACUGCUUCAACCGAACUUCUCCUUGAGACACAAUAAACAUUUCCUUUCAUCAAUA